UCUGCUGAGAGUGAAGAGCACUGUUGUUGUCAUCACGUGACGUCAGCGGAAGCGCCCGCCUUUAAACAUGGCAGCCCCCGUGAUGGGCGUGCGAUAGUGUCGAAGUCCUCGCGUACAAUAUGGACAGGCGAGAGUUCACAGCUUCCCUUGUGGCAGGUGGUUGUGCAGGAAUGUGUGUAGAUCUCACUCUCUUCCCUCUGGACACCAUAAAGACAAGGUUGCAGAGCCAGCAGGGCUUCUACAAGGCGGGAGGUUUCAGAGGGAUCUAUGCAGGGGUCCCAUCAGCUGCUAUAGGCUCCUUUCCCAACGCUGCUGCAUUCUUCGUCACCUAUGAAAGCACCAAGUCGUUAUUCACAGGCUACAGUGCUACAAACUUGGCCCCGAUCACUCACAUGCUGGCCGCUUCACUAGGAGAAAUUGUCGCCUGUCUGAUCCGUGUCCCGACUGAAGUAGUAAAGCAGAGGACACAGGCCAAUCCCUCUCUCAAUACCUACCGGGUGCUGCUGAAUACACUACAAGAAGAGGGUUUCAGAGGCUUGUACAGAGGAUAUGGCAGUACAGUACUUAGGGAGAUCCCAUUCUCGCUGGUUCAGUUUCCACUCUGGGAGUACCUAAAGGCCGUGUGGUGGAGGAGGCAGGGGGGACGGCUGGACUCUUGGCAGGCAGCAGUGUGCGGAGCUCUUGCAGGUGGAGUAGCAGCGUUCGUCACGACUCCGCUAGAUGUUGCGAAGACUUGGAUAAUGUUGGCUAAGGCUGGGACGAGCACAGCCAGUGGAAACAUCCCAGAGGUUUUGUAUGAGGUGUGGAGGAGCCGAGGAAUACCUGGAUCCAACCCACCCCCACUUUCCGACCACCGUUAUCCCCCACAGGUGCCACGCUGAAGGACUAAGUGCGACACCUGUUUGAGAAAGUUUAAAAAAAGGAAGAUUGAGAAAAGUUGAGCAAGAUGAAACAAAACGAGUGCGGGAGAACAAAAAAAGGAAGCAAAGGGAGCCAAAGCGAGAGAGUGUUGGGGGUGUGCUGGGAGCUUGAGGGACGUGUGUGGAUGUCAUCUGGCCAUCAGUCAUGUGGAGAGGCCCCCGGGGGCCAGUGCUUAUACCAAAAGCAGCUGCGUGGAAAAGAGCCUUAGGAGACUACAGUACUUUCAUGGCCUGUCGCAUCCUCGAACCUCUCCAACAUCAACAACCCCUACACUGCACAUUCCUGCUCAAACGCUCCGAAUCUGUCAAACAACACGCUGUCAGCUGAGAAAUACUGAAUACUUGUGUUAUCGAGCAUAGCUAAUGUUUUAUUUUAUGCUGCUCUGUAAAUUUCAUCUAACAAAGUUACAUCCAAGCUGAUGUUGCAACUGUGUGUAUCUAGUUUCUGUACUUGGAGCUGUCAGUAAUGAUUAAAUUUUAAUUUAAUUAUUGAUUCUUUUAGUCAGAUUCUUUUUCGAGGAGGAAAUAUAACUUAACUCUUUCCCCGCCAUUGACAAGUUAUCUCGUCAUUUAGAAAACAACGCUUCCCCGCCAUUGACAAGUUUUUACGGCUUUUCGUGUUUUCACUGUUAUACACUCGGGGGCGCUAUUACACAUCAUCUUUUUUUUUUUUUUUUUUUAAAGAAGAGGCUUUGAUCUUUAUUUUGGUGUAUUGCAUAUUCAAAUAUUCAUACAGCAAAAUAUACUGUAGGUCAUCAAAUUUUAAGGGGAAAGAGUAAACUAUAUUAUGCUAAACAAACACAAAUGUGGUAAAAAUGUGGUUUAAAAUAUAUUACUGAGAGAACUCGUUUUGUGAGUCUUUAAAUACAAGUUGUCAAAUGAACAACUGGUCAUUCACAUCAUUAAUGUAACUGUAAGAUGUAACUUUAAGUUGUAAGCAAGUGUUGGAUCUGCUAAAAAGAAUCAACUCUUAAGAGUCAUUCAUCUGGGAAAUUGAAUUGUGUGUUUUGACUCACUAAAAAGAACCGUCUUGUAAGAGUUAUUUGGAAUUGAACCUUUACUGGUUGUGCUAUAUGUUUUGUCUCAUUACAAAGAACCAGUUCAUAAGAGUCGUAUGUUCAGGAAUUAAACUAUACUGGUUGCGCUGUAUGUUAAGAUUUGCUACAAAGAAUCGGUUCGUAAGAGUCAUGCAUUUGGAAAUCAGACUAUACUGGUUGUGCUAUAUGAUUUGAUUCACUGAAAAGAAAAGACUAGUAAGACUCAUACUUUACAUUUGGGAAUCUGGCUCAUAGUAGAAGCAUCUCAGAGUCAUUUAUUCAGGAAUUGGACUGUACUGAUUGCUCUGUAUGUUUUAAUUCAGUAAAAAGAACUGUAAGUGAGUCAUCAGGAAUCAGAUGGUUUUAGUGCAGUACAUUCAAAUACAUGUAUGACAACCAUUGGGUUUAAGUAUUU